AUGCUAUCAUCCGGAGUAAUUAGGGAAUCAAAGAGUCCAUACGCGUCACCAGCUGUAUUAGUUCGUAAAAAAGACGGUGGUCUCCGAGUGUGCGUUGAUUUUAGAAAGAUAAAUUCUAAGACGAUUAGAGAUGCCUAUCCUCUCCCUCGUAUUUCUGAUACCUUGGAAGCCCUGGAGGGUGCUCGUUGGUUUUGUUCCUUAGAUCUUCAAAGUGGUUAUCUUCAGGUUAGGGUUGCAGAAAAGGAUAAACCAAAGACGGCGUUGACAACACCCUUUGGUCUAUAUGAAUUUAAUCGCAUGCCUUUCGCUUUAACCAACGCACCGGCAACGUUUCAACGCCUCAUGGAACGAUGUUUAUCUGGUCUUAACCUUAAGAUCUGCCUUGUCUACCUCGACGAUGUUAUUGUCUUUGCCCGAACCUUCGAAGAAAUGUUGGAGAGAUUAGAAGCUGUGCUCAGGCGUCUUGGAGAGUUCGGCUUGAAGCUGAAACCAUCGAAAUGUAAGCUUUUCCAAACCAAGCUUACCUAUCUGGGACAUGUCGUGUCUGAAAAUGGCGUAGAACCAGAUCCCGAAAAGAUUUCAGCACUACCCAAAUGGUUGGAGAAUCCACCGAGAAAUCGAAAGGAACUACAAACCUUUCUAGGCUUUGCCGGUUACUAUCGCAAUUUUGUCGAGGGAUUUGCCAAGAUUGCUGCACCGUUAUAUGACCUGAUUAAAGAACCAAACGCUAAAAUGCCUCGGACAUUCUGA